AGGCGGGACCUAGGGAGCACAUUACGUCGGGCGCGCAGGGUACGGCUGCAUCUCCGGACUGGGCGCUUCCUGCGGGUGUUCGCUGUCGAGAAUCUCUCCACCGGGUUGUAGAGUUCGGACCUCAUGGCAGAGAUAAUUCAGGAACGCAUAGAAGAUCGGCUCCCGGAAUUGGAACAGCUGGAGCGCAUUGGACUGUUCAGUCAUGCGGAGAUUAAGGCUAUCAUUAAGAAGGCUUCCGAUCUAGAGUACAGAAUCCAGCGAAGAACCCUUUUCAAGGAAGACUUUAUCAAUUAUGUUCAAUAUGAAAUAAAUCUUUUGGAGCUGAUCCAGAGAAGAAGAACACGCAUUGGAUAUUCAUUUAAGAAGGAUGAGAUUGAGAAUUCUAUUGUACACCGGGUACAAGGUGUUUUCCGACGUGCCUCAGCAAAAUGGAAAGAUGAUGUUCAACUUUGGCUCUCCUAUGUGGUUUUUUGUAAGAAGUGGGCUGCCAAAACUCAACUUAGCAAGGUAUUCUCUGCCAUGUUGGCCAUUCAUUCCAACAAGCCAGGUAUAGUGAAAUCUUUGUCAAUUUUUCUGCAUUUUAUUUAGACUCAAGCCAUUUUGGAUUUUAUUUUGCUUGGUGAACCUAAGAUAAAUUGUUUUGAGGACUUGAGCUUAGGCAGUUGGCUUCAGCAGUUUUUCUUAACCGAGUAACUGCCUAGUAGUUCACCCCUGCCUACUAUAUACUAGUUACUGUCCUAGGUGUUGUAUCUGCAGGCAAGAGGACUGUAUUUCUUUUUAGAUGAUGAUAAAAUAAACUUUGGAAUCCUUUGAGGGACAUAUUAUUUGGAGGCAGUCAAAUCUGAGGAAUUUUGGAAGCUUAAAAGGGAAAAUAUCAAUAUAAAUUUUGGAAGAAUGCUGGUGCAGAGUAGAUUCAUGUUUUGUAAGAGAAAGACUUUUGUCUUGUGAAUAAUAUAUAAAUGGUAUAUUUUAUAGUAGAGGGGCUUCAGUACCUAUUCUCAGGAUAUUAUGCUUAAUCAGACAUCUUAUACCACACAAGGCUCAAAUAGACUACAUUCAGCACCAGUUUACUCAGGAUAGUAUAGCAGGAUAGGAUUAGGUAUGUUUUUUUUCCGUAGAAUGCUCUUAAGAGAAUGGAAGCAGUUUCUGGUACCUGAGGUGACUAUUCAGGUGUGAGGGGAUGAGAUCAUAUCAGUAGGUAGGGGAUCCAGACUGGCGUAGAAGCCCUGUGGAUGGCCAUGGCUUCUACGGAUCCUAGAAAGGUCAUGCUCACUUUUAGGAGUCACAUGCUCAGGAAAGCCCAAAGCAAUUGCUUGCCACCAUUGCUGACCCUCCUAUUCCAGGUGUGGUUACCAACCAGGUGUAAUUUGUUUUUUUAUUUUUUUGAGCCAGAGUUUCACUC